GAUUGAUUUAAGGUUUUUCAGAUGAUUAAGAAUGCUAGCCUAGGGUGGUUUGAUAGGGUGUUAAACAAGUGUGAGCCAAACAAUUAUUCAAGUUCAAUUAAUGGUAAGUCCAGAACUCGGAUUACUCAGGUUGAAUCAACCCACUCUCGUGGCAUUGAUUCCUUUGCAAGUCGGUCUUGAUGCCUAAACUCUCGUUUGGAUCAAGACGCGCUAGCAAGCUUUAGAGAUCAAGUCCGAUAUGUUCACAAUACAUCCUAAUAUCUACUCUCGCUGAAUAGGGAUGCAAUGCUCAUUCAUAACAGAGCUAGCAACCUAUUACACGGUUAAUGAACAUGUUAAACCUAGGAUCUAACAUUAAGCGGCCAGUUUAAUGCAAACAUUAAGAAUAGUUAUGAAUGAAGACAAUCAAGGGAUUCACUUAUCUAUGUUUAACUCACGAAUCUAACACCCUAACACCCUAAACUAAGCAAGUGGAUUACUCAGCCAUGGACAGAGAAAUCACAGAGAUAACAGAUGAAGAAAACAUGUCAGAAUUAAUAAUAAAAAGCAAAGAAGGUUUAUAAAUCUUCUCCCAAGGAUGUAGAUAUUCUUCUUCCUUAACAAAAGUACAAGUUUUCUCUCUCCAAAAUCUUUUUAAAAAGUAACGUAGAAUGUCUAGAAUAAUAAGAAAAUAUAUAUUGCAGGUCUCUGGCGGCUGCAGGAGAAAAAGGGGGAAGCCCUAGGUAAAAUCCCGAAAUAUUUGGAAACUUCCUUAAAAUCUCUGCCGCUGGAACAUGCACUUAGGUUGCUCCGUCAGACUGCUCUGCGUGAAAAACUCCAAGUUGCACUCUUUUCUGUCUCUUUUGUUCCAGCUGGUUCAUCUCCCAUCCAAUGCAACUUCAGACCUGUAAUGACUCGAAAAGGAUUAGGAAAACUCGAUAAAGACUUUAAAACUAAUUAGAAAACAUAUAUACAAGAUGCCAAAAACACCAUAUAUCAGGUUUCACAUUCCCGUAGAUUGUGUCAUUAAUUAGGAAUAAAUAAGACACAGAAGUGAAGUACUGCAUUACCCAGUUUAUCCAUUUGUUUAAAGGCAAAAAGUAACUUUCCUCUAUAUUUUUUUAUAAAAUAGAAAAAUUUUAUUAUAGGGGCAUACAUUGGAACAUUUUCACCUCUAUAAUAGAGAUUUCUAUUUUAAAAGAAAUUAGAGUGGUGUACAAUGGAGAUGCUCUAGUAAGCUUAUUUUCAUGGUCCAAUGAACAUGGACAAGAAGACAGGAACAAAGGAUACUGUCUUAACGAUUCUUUAUGUUAAAAAUUCUACGAUCUAGUGGGGCAAAAGGAUGCACUAAAAUGGGCAUCUCUUCAACCUCAAGUGUUGCUUCUGCUUUAACCUGUGACCGCGAGGCCACAGAUCCAAAAUUUUGGAUAUGACUAAGGAGGUUUUGAAUCAUCGAAGGAGUAAGAUGACUGCAAGGGAAGAUGUGGCAAUAGAUUGGAUUAAGGCAAAUACAAUCAGUUAAUCACGUUUUAGGCAAAUACGAUUAGGUAAUCAUGUUUUAGUAAAGUAAACGUGAUUAAACAAUUUCAUUGAUUUGUGGAAUUAAUUCCAAUCGAAUAGUAUAGGUAGUUUUACUUAUGAAAUUUUCAGUUGGGAGGUUAAAUGAUAAAUCGAGAGUUUGGGGGAAUUGAGGGUGGAAUUCAAUAGUAGAGGGGUCUCAAGAAAAGUCAACCCAAGAACAAAUAAAAAAAUGAAAUGUAACAAGAAUCCAAGUCAGAGAAUCGACAUCUUAGGGCAACAUUAUCGGUGGUCCCAUUUUUUGGUCUUUAAAUUUUUUUUUUUUUUUGGUUUAAAAAAAAAAAUCUAAAUAAUAUAAACUUAUAGCGGACCGCCACGUAUUGUGGAGCCCGUAAACAGUGCUAAGGACUCAGUGAAAUUCCUUAUAUUAAAACAUUAUGGCACAGUCAUUAAGAAAAAGUGAUUGGGAUCCACGCUUAAGCAGUCUCCCCUACCACCGAUAAUGUCGGCCUUAGUCUCUCUCUCUUCCUUCACCAAAAAAUCCUCUGCUCGAGUCUGAAGUCAACGGCGAAAAGUUGAGUGAUCCAAUGUUUAUAAAGUGUGCCACCGUCGGUGAUGACGCCAUCGGCAAGACUUGUCUACUCAUUUCCUACACUAGCAACACUUUCCCCACCGAUUAUGUGCCAACUGUAUUUGAUAUUAUCAGCGCCAAUGUGAUUGUCGAUGGGAACUCCAUCAACUUGGGGGUGUGGGACACUGCAGUGGGUUCCUGAACUCAGACAUUAUGCUCCUGGUGUUCCCAUAUUCCUUGUUGGGACAAAGCUUGAUCUUCGAGAUGAUAAGGAGUACUUGCUUGAGCACCCUGGAGCUGUGCCUAUAUCUACUUCUCAUGUAACUCUCCUCAUCCUCGUUUUCUUUUACAAUCUUGCUGACGAGAAAACUCGUUCAAUUAUACAGAAUGUUAAAGCUGUCUUUGAUGUGGCCAUCAAAGUAGUUCUCCAGCUACCCAAAAACAAGAAUAAGAAAAAGAGAAAAUCUCAGAAGGGCUGUUCUAUAUUGUGAUUUGGAGAAGAAGAAACACGAAUCAACAGUUGACUAAUCCUUGUUUAGAAUCGAUUGUUUGUAGUCCUAAAAAGUGACAUACAGAAAACAGAUUUGUUAAGUACUGAAACUUCGAGUUUGUAUUCUUUCUUUGCACGCUGAAUCUGUAACUAUAUGAAUUCAUAUUUUCGUUCCAUUCCAUUAGAAAUGAUUCUCCCUAAA